UCUUCUUCCUCCGUCGGUUCUCACAUCAGAUCGAUCUGCUCGCCUUCGUACUCCAAUUCGCGCCAUCUCCAUAGCUUCACGAAACGCUAGGUCUUCUCAGCAUAGGAGAUGGAGGGAGUUGGAGGCGAAGCUGCUUCUAUGGCAUCACCUGUGCAACAGCAGGCGCAUGAGGCAUGGAGGUUGUAUCAGUAUUACUUAGACAAAACUACUCCUUACGCAGUCUACAGGUGGAUCGGGACUCUUGUGAUAGCGGCCAUUUACUGUUUGAGGGUUUACUAUGUUCAAGGGUUCUACAUUAUUUCCUAUGCGCUGGGAAUCUAUAUUCUCAAUCUGCUGAUUGGAUUUUUAUCGCCACUUGUUGAUCCCGAGCUUGAACCUUCGGAUGGUCCCUUGCUGCCAACAAAAGGCUCAGAUGACUUCAAGCCGUUUAUCCGUCGCCUUCCAGAGUUCAAGUUCUGGUACUCCAUGACCAAAGCAUUCUGCAUAGCAUUUGUCAUGACAUUCUUCUCCUUCUUCGACGUCCCAGUCUUCUGGCCUAUUCUACUCUGCUACUGGAUCGUUCUGUUCGUUCUGACAAUGAGGCGUCAAAUCACUCACAUGAUCAAAUACAAAUACAUCCCAUUCAGCUUAGGAAAACAAAAAUAUGGAGGUAAAAAGUCCUCAGGAAGUGGCCGCAGCAGCGGUAGCCGUGCAGACUAAAGCAUAUAUGCAGCAGUAUUGACGGUCCGCAGCUCUGUAUUACAGAAGAGAGUCUAGAAACUCGGAAACAGUUGUGUAUCUGACGCUAGGGUAAAGCUCCGUACCAUUCACUCCGCCUGAAGACUCGAUGUCGAAGUAGGUGUGAUCUCCUUUGACAAAGACCGAAUAUAUGAACACGUGAUCCAUGUUUUCCGGAUAUGGCGUUCCUGCAUUAGGGGGAAACAAAGAUUUGUGAGUUCAUUUCUUUCUGGCAAAUCUGACAGUUUGAAAGUGUGUUAAAAUGUUAUAUAAGGAGACCUUUGAUAAUCGCCAGAAGUUUGUCUUCAGGAA